AUGGACUCGAUGGACAAGCCAUCUGAAAGUCAGGACUCAUCCUCUCAAACGACACAACGCAGCACUAUCCCUGUCUGCAAACACAAUAUCGGAUGGCGUCGUAUAGUCCGCAACUUUACCCCAGCAUGGUUUUCAGUCAACAUGGGCACCGGGAUCGUCUCACUACUACUUAACACUCUACCGUAUAACGGGAGAUGGCUAUACUAUAUUUCCAUCAUUCUAUUCGUCCUCAACGUCGUAUACUUCAUAAUGUUUUGCACUAUUGCCGCCAUGCGAUACAUCUUAUACCCCGAGAUUUUCACAGUCAUGGCGACACAUCCGGCACAAUCUAUGUUCCUUGGUACAUUUCCCAUGGGCCUAGCUACAAUUAUCAACAUGUUUUGCAACGUAUGUGUGCCAGCAUGGGGAGAAGGAGCGGCCUAUUUUGCAUGGGCAUUGUGGAUUCUAGAUGCAGUGGUAUCAAUUACAACAGCGACUACCAUCCCUUUUAUAGUAAUGACUCGAAAAUCGGAGAUAGAUCUAUCCUCUAUGACCGCGGCAUGGCUACUACCUAUCGUCUCGUGCGUCGUUGCUGCUGCCUCUGCCGCCGUUGUAGCUGAAGUACUACCCAAUGCUCAAUAUGCCCUGUGGACUAUAAUAGUUGGCUACGCACUCUGGGGAAUGGGCGUGCCUCUCGCGUUGAUGAUUAUGACUAUAUACCUCCAGCGACUCCUUCUUCAUAAACUCCCUCCGAAAGCUGUUGUCGUUAGUGUAUUUCUCCCGCUGGGACCACUGGGACAGGGUGGAUUCGGAAUCCAGAAACUCGGCGAAUGCGCAAGAAAGAUAUUCCCCCAGACAGGAUCCCUCCACUCAGCAAGUGGGAUUCUAUUUUACGAGGGCGGGUUUAUUCUCGGUCUAAUCAUGUGGGCUUUCGGCUUAGUAUGGCUUUUCUUCGCCAUCGCGUCGCUGGUCAGAACGAGACGUUUCCCGUUUAAUCUGAGCUGGUGGGGACUUACCUUCCCUCUGGGUGUUUAUACAAUGUGUACUUGUCAAUUGGGUCGGGAGUUACCUUCGAGGUUUUUUGCUGUUCUUGGGACUGUGUUUUCCGUGGUUGUGCUGCUCCUCUGGAUUCUGGUGAGCUUUCAUACCUACAGGGGUAUCUUCAAGGGGGAUAUAUUUAUUGCGCCGUGUCUUCAGAAUCUUAAAGAGAAGAAAAGUGAUUCUGGCGUUUAG